CAUCCCCCAUCCCAUCCCAUCCCACACGAAGCCCCACCUGCCCUGAUGAUCCGGCCAAUCCACUCAUACGCCCGCCCCCCCACCCGAGCCAGAGCCAGAGCCAGCCAGAGCCAGCCCAUUCCACUCCCCAAUUCCACCCAUCUCCUCCGCCCGCAAUCGAUAUUCCCGCCCAUCUCAUCACAAUCUCGCGCCCGUACCUACCCAUGACCUGACCUGACCUUGACAUCUCCCAACCUGGAGACUGAUUUCUGACUUCUGCCGUGCUCAAACCCAACUCAAAUCUCGUUGACCUGCCACCCUGCCGUGCCGUUCCGUUCUUCGACGAUUGUGGCCGAUUGUCAAAGCAACGCAACGCCAUCGCAUCGCAUCCAACUCAAAGGACCGAACCGACGGCAGCAACGCAGCAGACAGACAGCACAGGACGGCCAGGCCAGCUGCCGAUGGGGCUUUCCACUUUCCACUCAGCAUAGACUGACGACGACUCGACUCUCUCUCUCUCUCUUUCUACCUACUUUACAUUCUCUUCGUGUUCUAUAGGAGCUAGUUCUCCUAGUCGCUCGCUUUACGACCUCGCAUUCUCAGCCCGUCCGCUGUUGGCUUUCUCCGCCCUUGAAACAAACUCCCCUUUUACCCGACGACCCCUUUCACGACGAUUCCGACCACGAAAAAUCAUCACUUGGCUUUCACUCGCUCGAAUAACACAGACACUCCUUGCCUCUUUUUUUGACGUCCAUCUCGUUGUUUCCUCGAGAAAUAAGUCUCUCGUCGACGCCACCCCCGACACCAAGUACAAAGUACUGCACCGUGCAUGAGCGUGUGCGUGGAUCCUAUUUAAAGAAUAAGCAGCCUCGCCAAGCCCCAGCUGAAAGGAGCCAUCCGCCUGGCCCUUGUGGUCGAACCUGUCUGAUCCUCGACCCGGAUCUGCGGUUACCUUGCUUACCAGUUUGUCGAUCUUCUCACAAACAAGUCCAAUUGAAUCGACGAGGAACAACGUCGACUCGGACCUACUCGUCGAACCCGUCCCUCAGUCCCCUGUCGCACGUCACGAUGCCGAUCCCAGAAGAAGGCUCGUACCCCAGCCUCUUUGCUCGGCAAAGCGGCUGUGUGCAAUGCCAGGAGGGCACGCCGUCAUGUCCUAAUUGUGAGGAUGGAAGGGAGUGCCAAAUCUCAGUCCCUCUCGACUGCACCCAAUGUCCACAAGCCUACUGCGCCGUUUCGUCCACCCCCUCAUCAUCGUCAAGUUCGUCAAGUUCCAGUCCAAAAGCCAGCGGUGGGGCCAUAGCUGGUGCCGUGAUAGGAGGUAUUGCCCUGAUUGCUCUGGUCGGAGUCGGCACCUACCUCGCAUGGAAGCACUGCGUCAAGAACAAGAGGGCGUCGUUCGAGCAAGGGCAGUGGGAGGACGAUGGGGAGUAUGCUGGGCAGCGCGAGAAGGACUUCAACGCCAUGCGGGACGGAAGGGCAUCUACGCAAGCCCGCAACUCGAUCGCCUCCACCGUCCUGACCCGCGCCUCCAACAUCAUCCAGAUCGCCUACAUUCCCGGCGUCACGAACCGGGCAACACCAACGUCACCGACGCUGCUGGUACCCCCAGUACCCCCGAUCCCCAUUGCUGUCUCCCAGGCCGGCACGCCAAACUCCACCGAGGACCAGCACUUCUUCGUUCCCGGUGACCUUCGCGACUCUAUGGCCUCUGGCAUGACGGGCUACACCGACCGCACCUCUUUCGCCCGAACUUCCUAUGCACCCCGCUCGAGUGUUGCCUCUACCAUCUACGGCAAGGCCGGUGUCGUUGUCACCCCGGCACAGACUGGUAUGCGUGCGAAGGCUGCCAUGGUCAGCGUCAAAUCAACCGGCAGCGGUUCUUCCGAAGGAUCAGUGCCACCAGUGCCCGCCGUGGACAGGAGCAGGUUCCAUGGCCCCGAACCCGCUAGCCCAUCUGGCAGCACCUUCAGCAUCGGCUCGACGUUCAUGAACAACGCCAAGAGUGCAACCGCCGUCCGUGCCCAGGUCGUCCGUGUCGGCAGCAACCUGAAGCAGUCGUCAACGGCGUCCAGUGUAAAGACGACACCGGCGAACGCCGCAGACAGCACCGAUGACGAGCGAGAAGACGCCGUCACCGCCCGCUCCGGCAUGUCGACACCCAGCACACUGCCACCACCACGGGAUGAGCAACAGAGCCCGUUCCGUGAUCCAAGCCCCUCGCCACCACCAGCGCCCCGUGCCUCGGGUCUGAGCACCGUUGCUGAGUCGGCGCGGAGGCAGUCACAGGGCCCUCCACGGGGUGUCAGCCCAUUCAGUGACCACCACGCGACACAAUAAAGUGGGCGAUGCUUCCUGCCAUGGCUCAGAACCCCUUGAUCGGGUCGACGCGAACUAAGCCGAGGCUGCGACACAUUUUCAUCUAUACAGCCGCCCACCACCUAUCAUCUAUCUAUCCAUCUACCCAUCUACCUACAUAUUCGGAAGGAGGAUCUUAUACCCAUUCAUCUGUCCAUCUACUACUUCUUAUUGUCUUUUAUUUUGGUAAACUGGGAGCAGGGAUACGCACGACUUUGACAAAGCUCACUGAUCAAACGGGAAUGGCGGCGGCUAUCUUAUGCCUUCUAUAUGGGAGGGUGACUUCUUUGACCCCGGCGUUUUCUGCUAUCUUUAUAUAUAUCUUGGGAGGAACUCACGAGUACUCCCGCCAAAUCAACUACGUUUCCUCGUGAACAGGGAGGCUGAAUUUCCCUUGACUCAAUUUUAUCAUGUCAUCUUGGAUAUGAGGUUUUGGCUUUUCGGCACGAAUAUAUGCGGACGGACAUACGCGCCUUUCGACUCCCCGCGGGGAGUGGGCCUCCAAAGAAAGAGAUGUCGCGGAGGACACUUGGGCACGCGAGGAUGGUGGAAGGAGGAGAGGCAUAUGUACCUUUCUGAGUGAGGUGUGGUCGGGGGUUAGGGACAUGAGAGAACGGGGGGGGGUGGGUUGCAGACACUCGGAAGUUCCGUGUCUUGACGUCCUCACUCCCGUCAUUACUCGAGCCCCCAUGGCCCCACCCCCUUUCGGUCUUCUUGAACUAUCAUUCUCUGGUAUAUCUUGAACCUCGGACGGAGAGGGCCGUCCCUUUUUUUUUGUUUUUGAUUUCACCCCGCCUUUGUCUGCUGUGCGUGUGGUCUUGGGCGUGAGGGGUAGGUCCGAGGCGGGGCUUGGAUAGAGAGAGGUGGCUGGCGGUCUGGAUGGCUGAUGUGGAUAGAGUCGUAUAUUCAAUGUUAUGUGAUAUGACUUGA